GAUUUCAGUCAAGGUCCCUCAGAGCUACAAGUGUGUCCAGCUGGCCAGUUAGAGGAACGGCAAUGUACUACAUUGACCUCAGAUGCCUACAUUUAAGAAUGCUCGCAAUGAGUUCAGAUACGCUGAAUGUGGCGAGAAGCGUUCGCAGGAUUCAGCGGGAUUUAAGGCAGCGAGCUGAAAGGAAACCAAGCACGAGAGUGAGAUGUUAUUUUUCAUCAAGUACUAGAUGAUGGUGGAUUGACUUCAGGGGAGCCUGAAUGUACAAGACCAUCUGUUUAAAGAUCACUGCAGCUAAAUAAAUACUGCUUCCUAUGGAUGUAGUACUGCACUACAAGAGUCAACAAGGGAACCUGAGUAACCUGGUAAACAUAGCAGAAAAAUCCUUGGAAGAGUUCCCAUGCCGCACCAUUCCACCAUUUACUCCAUGGUUCCCAUCGGGAAGUGAUACCUCAUUGCCGUUGAAACCAGACAAGUCCCCACCAGUUGUUUCUUUGGAGGAGAUUAAGCAAAUCCAGCAGCAUCUACAACGAUCAGAACCAACAGUGGCUUUGCAAAGCAUCAAUGUUGCUGAAAGUCUGAAGGACUUCUCUACCGCUGAUGUUGAAGGAUGUGCGAUGCACCCGCGGGCAUGGUCUGUACAUAUGGAUUCUGCAGUUUGUGAUGGGAUGGUCCAUGAAGAAAAGGCACAGUUGAGGAGGUCUUGGAGUGUUUUCAAGCAAGGGAGUGCGUUCAACAAGACAAUCCAUCCCUUCUCCGGACAUUUCCAGAAGGUCGUGGAACGCUUCCGGCUUCAUUCCCUUCAGCGGGCAAAGUGGAUCAUCGCGGAAUUGAACUGCGUUACAAGUAGUUUGGAAGACGUUUGGACAGUUCUGACCCGCACCAUGAGGCAGUCCAAGCUGCCGACUUGCAACGCCAACAUCCAGAGGGACCUUGCACAGAUAUGGGUAUUCUGUGAUGUGCUGUACAGUGAAUAUGUGGGACACUUUCUGAAGCGUGAGUUCAAACUCACAGGACAGAUCAGUUUAUCGGUGCAUAAACAAGGAGCAGUUUUCAGCAUGUAAUGAUGUUUGACUGCAGUCCUGGGUUUUAACAGCAAUUUCAAAAGAGAUUUUAAAAUUGUAUCUUGAAUUGUGAAAUAAAAUUGUAUUUUUAAAUGAUGUGUUUUUAAUAUUGUGUUGCAUUCUGUAAUAUAUA